AAGUGGUAGGCGCUGUGAAGGAUGAGCAGUGCGAGCGCCAGUGCCCGCAUUAAUAGUAAACUGGAAGCCCCAGUCAGUCAGUGAAUCACUGGGUACAACCGACUUCAAAACCUUACCUGGGCUUGCCUUUUCUUCUUCUUCUCUUCUUCUCUCCUAACCACUUUUACCUCACCUUACCUCACCUCUUUUCCAUCGCUCUUAGGUCAAAGUCCGACGGUUUUACUGCUUCCUUGGGUCUUCAACAUUCGCAUUCCGAGCGGAUCGAAAGUCGGGGAAAUGGAUCUCUUCGACUUGGUAGAUCACUUUCUCCUCCAGGAUCCGGAUAUGAACCCCAUGCGUGACGAAAUCUUCGACCUUGAGGAUGGGGAUCUAUACCACGACGACUAUACUUGGUAUAAUGUGGAUGAAUCGCCAGAUGUUCGACCCAGAUGUGGCCUUUUUCAAUUCAAAUUUGAGACAUUCGACCUCAUUGUUGUUUUCAACCCAUGGAACUCUAACUUACCUAGGCCUUGGAAAGGCAAGUAUCGUGGAACAGAUGCAUCUGGGGGCCUGGAGACUGGUUACCACUCAUCUUGCGUCGACAGUUUUGCCGUGGACUUUACGCUUGCCGGCAACACCAUUACUGCCAUCUGGAACGUUACCCGUUACAGAGACACAAGGUAUGGAAACAUUGACGAUGAACCUUUUCCCUCUUUUGAGGCAAAUCGUCUACGCCGGUUGAAGAAGAUGUUUGCUGAGGAAUUUAUGACUACCAUCGGGGGUCGUCUUCCCCUUGAGGUCUGUGAGAACAUUGGGCGCUACUGCUUGAGAAACUACGCAGCGAGACUCUUCAAAGAUACUUGGGAGAAGAAGAGCCAUUUUGGGACUAAAGACGCCAAUUUCCGCGUCGCCAAGCCCUAUGAUGUAUGGGCACAACACAUAGAGUUCGAGGGUAUCCAGUACAUCAAGUCUCUUUCAACCACCCGCCGAAACGAGAGUGACACGAAGCUCUUGGGGGCUGCACACGGCACACAUGUCAACAUCUACUUUGCCGAAGACCUUUUGGGUAUUCGUGAAGUUAUAGUAACUGAAGAUGACGACACCCCAUUGACUCAAGAAGAAGGCUUGACAUGGGUUGUCAACCGCCGAAUUGCCCUUCCAUUCUGGUUCAAAUCCAAGUCCGACGGUCUCAAAUUGCGUGGACUAGCCAUAACCAGAACAGAGAAACUUGAUGCCAACUAUCAACAGAAGCGCUGGGCUCAUCUGCCCGUUCACUUGGACGCUUGCCGACUCGCUUCACCGCUAGUUUGUGACAGUGAAGUGUCAACGGAGCCGAUUCGAGCAGUCGACUGGAACUUACCUGGAUGCCGAGGAUAUUCUAUUCUCAUAGACAUGCAUUGCGUUUGUGAUAUCAUCCCAAGCAAUACGGGAGGGCCAUCCUCACAGUUUAUGGAUGUGGAUAAUAAGCAUCAGGGUGCUUGGGUUUACAUACCUAUUGAUGAAGAUGAGCGAGUCACCGAGCUUUGGGUUCGAAGCGGCAGGUUCCCGCGAGUUUAUAGCUCGUUUGCCAAGUGCCGAAGUCUGGUUAUACGCACAAGCAAAGGCCGUAGCUUUGCUCUUGGGUCUAACAUCGAAUCUCGAUCUACCACGAAUUAUGAAUGCAUGUUCACCUACUAUGGGAUUGCUAAGCUGUUGUCAACCCAGCCAUCUCGAAUGCUGUACUGCAAGGCGAGGCCUUCAAGGUUCUGGGUGUGUUUUAACCCGGCGAGAAACUUGAAUCAGCGCAGGAUCGAUUUCUCUCUACCGAAACCUUCUAAGCCCACUGCAUUCACAGGCAAACAGUUCUUAUCGUCAGUUGCGGAGCUUCGAGAUGUCAGGAUGAUUGCAGUAUGUCGAAACCGGAAAUCCUAUGUGGGUGAGGAAGUCGUCGGCUUGCUCCUCACAUACGCCGACGGUCGUCAACGAUGCCUUGGCCACAUCCGUCUCGAUCACAUGAAUGCGCCUCUCAUGGUUACUUCGGGAAAUAUAUGGCUUGGAUCUGACAAAGCAGACAAUGAGCCUCUCCCUGAAGGCUUCUGGCCCCGGACAAAAAAGAUCAAGUGGGUUGGGGUGGAGAAGCCUUUCCCAGAUGAGAACCGUGAGUAUUUGGAAGUGUCGCUUGAAGGUUCUCUAGAAUGGCAAAGUUGCAAGAACCUGGGCUAUUACAAUCACGCAGUGCUUCAACAUGAGAGCAGCGAGCUACAGGAUACAGUGGACGAGAUGGACGGGGUGCUGGCCCAUGAGACCACACGGGAACUUGCUCCUUUGGCGGCCAGAACGUUCGCUGUGGAAUUUUGAAAGCCAAGAUUUCGUUUGAGACUUAGACCAAGCCGAUGUCUUUGAGGUACUUCGCAAUUUCACGGAGGUGGUCUGUACGGGUGGUG